UUUGUUGUUUGCGUUGAUCGUGCUGUUGAUGGAGAGCAGCGUGGGUGUCGCAUCAUAAAGGGGAGACGAAGAUUGUGGAAAAUUGUGGAUUAUUUUUAGGUGCAGUGCGGUCUCGGUUCUGUCGGCAAGGACCCGAAUUUGUUUUUAAAUGCAGACCUCAUGACAGAGGUCUGUGAAAGGGCAGUAGUGCUUCAGGUUAAGAGAGGAGGAAGAGUGUUUGUAAGCUAGCUUUGGUGCAGUUCUGUUAUUGUAUUAGAAAACGAGUUUGCUGUCUAUAUGGUUCAUACCUUUUUGCUCAUGUGCUAGUGCUUCAAGGGCGAUAGCAUUUUGGUUUUUUUCAGAGUUUGUUAUGGAGUCUGUAGCGGUGAGGUUAGCUUGAGGCGAUGGUGGUCCUCACCGGUGGAUGGGUGUGAUGUGGCUUUUUGAGAUGGGAGGGUUGUGGUUGUGAUGAAUCUAGUCGAGGAGAUGUUCGCAUUUCAUGGUUUUGCACUGGGCCACGAGAAGACACCUCGCCUGCGAUAUCCCACCUGUUGCGUAUUGGCGAGUUGGGUGGUUUGUGUUUGCUAAUUUCGCGAGAUGAUAGGCCUCCACCACUCCGUGAUUUCGGACGAUUCGGAAGAUGUUUCAGAUGGAGUGGAGGUUGAAUUUUUUACAGACUCUAAGGCACAGAAGUUUAAGGAGUUUUCUGACACACAGCUUGAUGAUGAGAUUGAGAAGUAUGAGGGCUACGUAGCUGGGACACGGAAAGCUGCUCUGAAUUUACCAGAUGGAGGAAACAAGUUUACAAAACAUUUGGAAAGUUUGCGGAGUGAGAAACACAAGCGUGCUAGGAAACUCAAGCGGGCGUUAGCGGUUGGUACCCAAAAGCUACGCGAUAUUGGGUACUUAAGCAAUCUCGGAAACGGGAAUGGGGGUACGCGUUGGGAAACCAAGUCGGCAGCACAGUCUGUUUCAACCAAACCUCAGAACACUCGCUCUACCAUCAAGGUAGAGAAUGUAUCAACGGAUAUUUCUGCUAAUGGUUUUGUAUCUCGCGAAGCCUCCAAGUCUGUAGACUACAAUAACGGUAAAUCUAUAGUAAUCAUCAGGCGGUCUCCUUCACCAGAAGAGAAAGCCUCAUCCUCGGAAGGAGCAACCCUUGUGUUAUCUGGGGAGCAAUCAGGACCUUCUAGUCGAGAGUUGUUGACGCCGAAGACACCUGAUCCUUCUUUUCAAGUAGACAGUGAUCGGAAGAGACUUGUUGCUGAACCGAUAGGGAGAAGUAGGAAACGAGCACGUGAGGCCGAAUUUGUUGGCAGAACACCUGAUACAGCAAUGGAAAUUGAUUCCUCCGAUGAGGAAGACAAGACUUCUGUAGGCAAUAGAUCUUCCUUCGAUGGUUCAUGUGUUGAGGUCUCUCGCCGCGCGGGGCUCCGAAACACUUUUAGAAGAAGGAUGGAGAAGCUGAAAGUGAAAAUUGCUUAUCCGUCAAGGACUGAUCCAGACGCAGUGGAGAUUUUACCAUCAGAUCUGACCAGGCUUGAACCAUUGGAGUUCCUCAACGACACUAUUAUUGAUUUUUACAUCAAAUACAUUCAAAGGGAUGAAUUUCUUGGUGCGGAAGGAAGGCAACGUUUUCACUUCUUUAACAGCUUCUUUUAUAAGAAACUCAGUGAAGUUGUUAAUUCACAGAAAAAGAAGGGUGAAGCUUACUUUUCCAAAUUGCGGAAGUGGACAAAAGGGACAAAUAUAUUCGAAAAGGACUACCUUUUUGUACCAAUUCACGACAAGUUACAUUGGAGUCUUGCAAUCAUCUGCUUUCCUGGUUUUGAUAAGGGGGGUCAAAGUGAGCGAUGUAUCAUCCAUCUCGACUCUAUGACCCAUGGCCAUGAUAGUCAACGGGUAUUUCGGUUGUUGAGAAGUUACAUAGUAGCAGAGUGGAAGCAUAGUGUCGAAACAUGUGAAAACGAGGCGGAUGAAUGCACACUCUCAGUGCAGAGGUUGAAGGCCGACGAGAUUAUGUGUAAAAAGGUCCCGGUUCCCUUGCAAGAUAAUGAAUCAGAUUGUGGCCUCUUUCUACUUCAUUACAUCCAAAAGUUUGUAGAAUAUGCUCCCAAGACCUUGAAAUCACGUGAUUUGGACGGAAACUGGGAAAAUCUUGGUGUGUUUGGUCGUGAUUGGUUUCUUUCGACUGAAGCAUCAAGUUUGCGGACAUCAAUCCUGGAGCAUCUUUGUCGGCUGUUCAAACAAGAAUACAGUAUCCUUGAACAAGCAAAUAACCCUGUUAUACCUCUGGAUGGGGAGGCUACAUAAUCAAGAAAACGAGAACGCAUGGACAUUUUUUACGUACUUUUUCCCCACUCUGAACUGAACUACAGCACUGCAACUUGCUCACUUCAGCCGCAUCUUUUUUUUCUUGUUCAUGAGACUGUCCAAGGAGUUUCUAAUCAGUUCAUGUGUAAAAGAGAGCAUGAACUGAUUAGAAAAGAGAGCUUACGGCAUUAAAAGUGAAGGGAAGGCUUCAAAUUGUGCAGAUUUAUGUGAAAAACUUGCCCCAAACAUGGCGCACUGUACAUGAUAUCAGACUUUAGAGUUGAGUUAGUCAAUCCCAAGAAUCUAUUCUCUACGCCUAAGAUACAUCUUAUAUGGAAUGCAAUUAAGAACUUGGGCAUUUUAACCUAUCAUACACUAUCGGUUCAUCAGGGUGAUAUUUAAAUUUCUCAUUCCUGAAGUUUC